UGGCGUCACUAUUGACGUCUCGCAUUCCAGUCGCUCUAUGGAGAGGCCGCUAGGGCUCCUCUCACAUAAAUGACGUUCAGAGAGAGGGAGAGGGAGAGAGCAGCAGCAGAGGAGUCUCCUUCCUCUCUCCUCACACACACAGAGAAAGAGAGAGAGACCCAGAGAGAGACAGAGGCAGAUCUCUAUCACUGAGCCAGCGCAUAUAAACAAAGGCACAUUGCUGCAGCUGGCUGAUCAUCACUCACUCUCUCACACACACGCUCCACUCCGGAGCACCACCAGCAGCAGCAGACUGCUCUCAGCUCCUGGUCUCUCAAGCUUCUGUAAUCCUUUCCCAUGACUCGGGAUAACGCAGCCUCCAGAGAUACAGCCUCCAAGAACCUCUUGGGUUUGCCUUUUAUAAUUUUGCCACUGGACGGAGCCUACAUGCACAUUUAAGGAAAUAGGCAUUUACAAACUAGAUGUAAAGACGGAACCGCCACAGCAAUCAAAUAUGCCCUGUGUGCAAGCCCAGUAUAGCCCUUCACCUCCUGGUUCGAGUUAUGCAGCUCAGACCUACGCAUAUGGCUCAGAGUACAGCUCGGAGAUCAUGAAUCCUGACUACACCAAACUGACCAUGGACCUGAGCAGCACCGAGAUCACUGCCACCGCCACCACCUCCCUGCCCAGCUUCAGCACCUUCAUGGAGGGUUACUCUGGCAGCUAUGAGCUCAAGCCCUCCUGCCUGUACCAAAUGCAAUCUGCUUCCUCCAGCCAGAGGCCCCUCAUAAAAAUGGAAGACAGCCGGCUACAUAGUUACCACUCCUCACUGCCCCCCUCCACAGAUGAAGGGAUGCCCAGCACCUCCAUGUACUUCAAGCAGUCCCCGCCUUCCACGCCCACCACCCCUGGAUUCCCUUCUCACCAGGCCUCCAUGUGGGACGAACCCCCACAUCCGCUGCAGCCUGCACAGACCUGCAUGGCCCCCAGCCACUUGAUGGACUCUGCCCCUAUGAAGACUGUGCCCACCCGCUUCCCUCUCUUCCACUUCAAGCACUCGCCACCCCACACGCCUGCAGCUGGUGCCCACAUGUGCUAUGACCCUGCUGCCCUAAGCCUGCCUCUGGGAUCUGACAGACCCACUGCCGGUCAAGCCACUAUGGAGAACCAUCCUUAUGGGCUUCCCCUGGCCAAAAGAGCAGCCGCCUUAGCCUUCUCGCCACUGGGCCUCAAUGCAGCCACUUCCAGCCUGUUGGGCGAGAGCAGUGGCAGCAGCAGUGGCCUGCCUUCCCCGCCCAGCAGGAGCUCCUCAUCUGGAGAAGGCACUUGCGCUGUGUGCGGGGACAAUGCUGCCUGCCAACACUAUGGGGUACGGACGUGCGAGGGGUGUAAGGGCUUCUUUAAGAGAACAGUUCAGAAAAAUGCAAAAUAUGUUUGUUUGGCAAAUAAAAACUGUCCAGUGGAUAAGAGACGUCGUAACAGAUGCCAGUACUGCCGCUUUCAGAAGUGUCUCAGUGUCGGCAUGGUUAAAGAAGUUGUCCGUACUGAUAGCCUGAAAGGGAGAAGAGGUCGGCUGCCUUCCAAACCAAAGAGCCCUUUACAGCAGGAACCUUCCCAGCCCUCCCCACCUUCUCCUCCAAUCAGUAUGAUGAAUGCCCUGGUCCGCGCUUUAACUGACUCCACACCCCGAGAGCCUGAUUAUUCCAGAUACUGUUCCACUGACCAGGCUGCCGCAGGCACAGAUGCAGAACAUGUACAACAGUUCUAUAAUCUUCUGACUGCCUCCAUUGACAUAUCCAGGGGCUGGGCGGAAAAAAUUCCAGGAUUUACUGAUCUCCCAAAGGAAGAUCAGACGUUACUCAUAGAAUCAGCUUUUUUGGAGCUGUUUGUACUAAGACUCUCCAUCAGGUAA